CUGCAAACUGCUGCAGAUUGCUACAGUUGCACCCAAUUGCAAUUGCCUCCAGUCCUUGCAAGCAUCCUUUUUGUCUUUGAGUGCUUAGAACUUCAACUCCCAGAAGCCCCACCCAGCUUGGUGGACUGCAAAGGAUUCUGGGAAAUGAAGUCCAAAACACCUGGAGGGCUAAAGCUGGGGAAACACAGUGGCGUUUAGAGCAUCUCAGGAGCAUGCAGGAAAGGGGAAAACGUUGCAGCCCACAUGCAUCAGACCCAGGGCUUGCAAAAGUUACAAUUUUGGGGUGCAAUGGCUGCUGAAAAGGAGGGGAGGAGUGCUGCCCAGUGGGAGGGAGGGAUGGAGGAGAAAGGGGCGGCCCUGCAGAACAAGAGGAGGAGGGAGGAAGGAAGGAAGGAAAGAGAGAAACAGGUUUCUCCUCCUCUUUCCUCCUUCUUCGCCCGGGCUCCAUUUUUUCGCAGUGUGUUCCCAUCUUGCAGCUGCAGCAGAAUCAGAUGAUGUUUGCAUGAGCCAAACAUCAGCUGCAAGAAUAUUUCUGUGUGACCAGCAAACAUGGCGGAAGCUCUGGCUGACUCCAAGAAAGUGACUCUUUUUAGCCAGAAGACACGAGGAGGACUCACCUACCGCAUCCCAGCAUUGCUGUACUUGCCCUAUGAGUCCACCUUCCUGGCCUUUGCAGAAGAACGCUCCUCGCCCAGAGACGAAGAUGCCAAGUUCCUGGUGAUGAGGCGAGGGAAGAAAGAAGGGACGUCUGUACAGUGGGGCCCUCAGGAGUCUUUGAUGGCGGCCACUCUUCCCAAAUGCCGCACCAUGAACCCUUGCCCGCUGUACGAAGAGAAGAGCGGCACCAUUUUCCUCUUUUUCAUCUGCGUCCGCGAUCACGUCACGGCGCAAUGCCAGAUCCUGACGGGGAGAAACGCCGCCAGGUUGUGCUACAUCUCCAGCCGAGACUGCGGGCGUACUUGGAGCCUGGUGGUCGAUUUGACAGAAAAGGCCAACCCAAAAAAUUGGGCCACCUUUGCCGUGGGUCCGGGCCACGGGGUCCAGCUGAGCUCCGGCCGCUUGGUAAUCCCGGCGUACGCCUAUUACAUCCACAAGCCUUGCUUCUGCUUCUUCUCCUUCUGCUACACGCAUCCGCAUUGCUUCACUUUAUACAGCGACGACGGCGGGAGGAAUUGGACCCGGGGACGGCUCCUGGAGAGUGUGCGCACCACCGAGUGCCAAGUGGCCGAGCUGACGUGCCGGGACGACCGCCGCGUCUUGUACAUCAAUGCCCGGAAUUCGUGCCGGGAGCAGUGCCGGGCCGAAGCCUUCAGCCACGACUGGGGUUGCCAAUUCGAGGGAUCCUUCCUGUGCAGGGAGUUGUGUGAGCCUCCAAAGGGGUGCCAAGGGAGCGUGGUGAAUUUCGGAUCCUCGGAUCUGGGUGAAUCACAAGCAUCGAGUGGCUAUACGUCAUCCAGAUCGUGGCUCAUUUUCUCGCACCCCACAAGCCGGUGCCAGCGUGUGGACCUGGGCAUCUACUUGAACAUGUCUCCCUUGGAGAAGGGCUCCUGGAAAGGCCCUUGGGUGCUGAACGAAGGGCCCAGCGGCUAUUCGGACCUGGCCGUGUGCAAGGAAGGGAAGUCCCUGCUAUUCGGUUGCUUGUUUGAGUGCGGGACAUCCUCCGCCUAUGAAGAGAUCGCCUUCCAACUCUUCUCCGAUGUCGAACUUCUGAGGAAUGUGAGAGAAAGCUGACCCCUCAAAACUACAACAGCUUUCCUUUCCUCCAGGAUAGAUUCCUCUCAAGGAGAAGGGGGGGAAACUGACCAUCUCAUAUCCUCCAACUGUCCUGAUAUGGCAGCAACAGACUCCAUUAAUCCUCUAUAUUUGUCGUGUCAGGGCAACCAGUCAAUUAUAUUACAAUUCUAACA